AUGAAGAAUAUAAAAGACAACGAACAAAAGACUACAGGCAGUCCUCAAGCCAAAUCACCCGCUGGCAGCAGUCAGGGGGCCCUACCUCCAGAAGCCCGAACCCCCACUGCCUCGGCGAAAGGGGCUCUCCAAAAUGUCAAGGGGGACCAUCCAUCGAUGGCAUUUCUUCAAAAUCGCUCAAUAUCACUGGUGGACAUGUACAUUGAUAACUCUGAACCCUCAGAAAAUGUAGGACAAAUACACUUUUCCUUGGAGUAUGAUUUUCAAAAUACAACGCUCAUCCUUAGAAUUAUACAGGGUAAAGAACUACCGGCGAAGGAUCUGUCCGGCACUAGCGACCCUUACGUCCGAGUGACGUUACUGCCUGACAAAAAGCACCGGCUAGAGACGAAGAUCAAGCGACGGACGCUGAAUCCCCGAUGGAACGAGACUUUCUAUUUCGAGGGAUUCCCUAUUCAAAAGUUGCAAUCGAGAGUACUCCACCUACAUGUUUUCGAUUACGACCGGUUUUCUAGAGACGAUUCGAUUGGAGAGGUGUUUCUGCCAUUGUGUCAGGACAAGUGCGGCGAGCUCCUAACUUCACUCUGCUACCACCCUAGUAACAGUAUCUUGACGUUAACUUUGCUCAAAGCCCGCAAUCUUAAAGCCAAAGAUAUCAAUGGCAAGUCAGAUCCGUACGUCAAAGUGUGGCUCCAAUUCGGCGAUAAACGUAUAGAAAAACGAAAAACAGCGAUAUUCAAAUGUACUCUAAAUCCUGUUUUUAACGAUACGUUUUCGUUUAACGUACCUUGGGAAAAAAUUCGAGAAUGUUCAUUGGACGUUAUGGUUAUGGAUUUCGAUAACAUUGGAAGGAACGAGCUUAUAGGAAGAAUUUUAUUAGCUGGUAAAAAUGGCUCCGGCGCUUCAGAAACGAAGCAUUGGCAAGAUAUGAUCACCAAACCCAGGCAGACUAUAGUACAAUGGCAUAGACUUAAACCAGAAUAA